AAUUGCAUAUCGCAGAGCAAUGCAUUUCCACAACCGCAAGCGAUACACUCAAAGUGUGUAUGGUAGAAAGUCGUUCAACUAGAACCUGUUUUCUUGGUUGUUUAUUUUGCUCUCUUUUUUUCGCCACAUCCAACGCCAAACGAUGAUCGUAAUGAUAGUAAAAGAAGCUGUUAACUCGUAACCAUGUCUAUAUGUCGAUUGUGUAUGAAAAGUUGUCCCAAGAAUGGUGUUCUCGGGAAUCGAUUCUUCAGGGAGAAAGUUUCCGAUGUUAUUUGUAUGUGGGUGGAGAUUGAUGAUGAUUGCUUAUCGAGAGAUGUAUGCGAGUCAUGUCAUGGGCAAAUUGGCGAGUUUUAUAAUUUUAAACAGCAAUGUCGAGCCUUCCAGUUGAAAUUCAAGGAAAGAAUGGCGAAAAUAUCCACAGAAACUUCAAAUAAACCCGAUAAACAAAAUCAUGUUUCUGGCGAUAUCGACAACCGAAAUGCACUCGAUCAUUCUUGCUCGAAGAAGAAAGAAUCCUCGAACAAGAACAACCACAACGACAAAGAGAGAGCCAAGGUUAAACGUGACAAUAUGCAUGUGGAAAAGACCACACCCAAAAAACCACUUGGCAAAAAAUCAUCCUGUGUGUGCGAGUUGUGCGGCCGUGCGAUCUACAUCAGCCGUAUGGAGGGCCACAAAAAUAGACACCUCGGUUUGGAACCUUACGAAUGUGACGUUUGUGGGGAUAAGUUCAGCUGCAAAUAUAACAUGCGAUUGCAUUGGCGAAGGAAUCACGUCCAAGAUGAGCAGUCCACGUGCGAGAUUUGCGGUAAGAAUUUCGUCAGCAGGAUGGCGCUCAAAUCGCACCUGAACGGAGUUCAUUGUGAGCGAAAACUCCAGUGCACGAUGUGUGAUGUGAAGUUUCAUACCAGGUAUGCUCGGAAUGCUCAUUUGAAGAUCCACAACCAGAAACGCGACUUCAAAUGCCCGCUGUGUCGAAAGGCUUUUUACUGUAAAUCAGUGUGGAAUAUUCACAUGCGAACUCACAGUGGUGAGGCCCCAUACAAGUGUGACACGUGCAGUAAAGCCUUCGUACACCGGAACAUGUACGUGACGCACAUGCAGAAGAACCAUCCCGGUCAUCCGCUGAUGUAUCUCGACGGGAGAAUAUCUUUUAAAAAUACAAUUAUGAACAGGGCUUUGUAGUGGAACUGUGCAUCUCGUAAAAUUCUCGAUUUAAUAUACUUCGGCCGUACAUUUGUG